GGGCCAGUCCCUUUGCCACCUUUGGUCAAUGCCCUGAGCAUCUCUCGACGUAUUAUUCAUGCCUUCUUUCGGGCCAGUCCCGUUGCCACCUUUGGCCGAUGCCUCUGUGCAUCAUUCGGCAUGACUAAUAUGUCUUAGGCGAUCCUCAUUGCCACCUCCUUUAGUGGAGUUAACAGUCUAUGUCUAGCGAGACUGGGUGUAGCGGAGUUCCUUACCUCUUCUCACUCGAAUUACUUGUCUCGCUAGGUACGCUGUUUUUCAGUCUUGAGUUUUCGUGCCUCUUCUCACUCGAAUUACUUGUCUCGCUAGCAAUCUUUUGCGCACCCACCCAUUUUAGUACCCUCCCAUUGUAUAUUAGGUACGGGCUCGAGUUUGCGGUUGUUUGUGACCGAAUCCAUUGGGGUCCUCGUUUUGCUGGCUAAAUCCUCGUCGUCUGCGUUCCAACGAGACUUGA